ACACGAAAAAGAGGGUGAAUUAUUUACACCGGAGCCUCAGACACAACUUAUACGUUGUGGACACAUUUUACUGGCCUUAUAAGAGAGGUUUCAUUCUUAUCCAUGCCUGUGUAGGUUGAUUUUUGGCUGUCAGGGUGUUUGUAAAGUCUAAAUGGAGGUUUGAAGAACGAAAGUUAUACUUUAGACGCGCAGUAUCCUGUUCAAAUAGGGGAAAGACAUCAUGGACGCUUUCAGCACGAAGAGCCUGGCUCUGCAGGCCCAGAAGAAACUCAUGAGCAAGAUGGCGACCAAGACGGUGGCUAACCUCUUCAUAGACGACACCAGCAGCGAGGUACUAGACGAGCUGUAUCGAGUGACCAAAGAGUACACGCGCAACCGCAAGGAAGCCCAAAAGAUCAUUAAGAACCUCAUUAAGAUGGUGGUCAAGUUGGGCGUCCUCUACCGAAACGGCCAAUUCAACAACGAGGAGCUAGCGCUGGUCGAACGAUUCCGAAAGAGAGUGCACACUCUCGCGAUGACGGCCGUUAGCUUCUACCAGAUUGAAUUCACUUUUGAGCGUCACAUCAUGAGCGAUCUACUCAAUGAUUGCCGUGAACUGUUACACCAGGCUAUCAACCGCCACCUAACGGCGAAAUCUCAUAGUCGUAUCAACCACGUCUUCAAUCACUUUUCCGACUGUGACUUUCUCGCGGCGCUGUAUGCUCCUUCGGGAGUUUACCGCACACACUUGCAGAAAAUUUGUGAAGGAGUCAACAAGAUGCUGGAUGAUGGCAAUCUUUGACCACUUCCUGUUGUGUCGUUUUUUUAACAAUGUGAUAAAUUCAAACAUUUUUCUUAGUGUGUUUUUGUGCUCUCUGUUAAAAGAGCAAAGAGCUACUCUUGAAAUACUUUUGGUGCCUUCUUGACAAGAUUGGACAUUGAAUGAAUGUAGAAGCUCUCGACUGUAUGUCCUUCCAAUGGAACAUCUUUCUCUUCGACCAAUUUGGCUCCUAUGUUGUUCGAAUCAAUUGGCGGUUUGGAGACUGUUUACAAUGUUAACUUAAACGAUCCAAUGCAAAUCUUGCUCGCAAAUGUCCGAGGGUAAUUUGAGAAUGCAGACUGUUUUCAAAGUCAGGCGAAGUGAAGGAAGGGUUUCAGUUGACGACUUUUAACCGAAGAAAUUGAUUUCAAGCACUGCGAAAACGUAAUGCACUGGGGAACAUUUAUGAAGCUUUUCACCUCUAAUUUUAGGAAAUGAGUCUGGCUGCAUUGCUUUUAUCCCUUCCUGUAAAUAGACACAUUUGAAUCUGAAAUCUGGAGGCUUCUUGGCAACAUGUCUGUUGUGAUUCAUCUUCAGACAGGAAGUUGACAAUGUUCUGUUUGCUAAUGAUCAGCCCUUUGUGAUUUCUAAACUUGGUCAAAUAGCGGUUUACGUUCGCCCUAUUUUCGUCUGUCCACUCCGGUCUGUCCCACUGAUGGGAGGUCUUUACCAUGAUGCAGUUCCUUUCCGGGGAAUGAAUAGCAUUCGUUUAUUAGCUGUUUUAGUUAAGGUUUUAAAUAUGAAUGCAUACAUAACUGAGCCAUUAUUUCCUUUGAUGCAUCACCUCUGAAUGUUUAUACAAAUUAAGGACCCAUUGAAAACAAAGGUGAAUGACUUCAUCGUCUUAAAGUCCAGUUUUAGCAGUCAAUGUGUUGUAGCUGCAGCAGUUUCAACAGAUUAAAGGAAUAUUCUGGGUAAAAUAGAAGUUAAGCUCUUUUGAUAGCAUUUGUGGGCUGUCAGUUACAACAGAAAAUUAACUCAACCAUGUGUACAGAAGUGCACUUACAAUGGAAGUCUAGACUAACAUUGUAAGUGCAUAGUUGCAAACACAAUUUUUGUAUUGUUUUAGAAGUACAAGUCACUUUUUUUUUUUUGGUGGUAACUGACAGCCCACAGUUGUUGAAAGAGCCAAAUGUACUGUAUAUUUAACCCGGAAUAUUCAUUUAAUGCGGAUUCUAGUGUCCUUCAACAACAUGGCUUAUACUGAAAGAAUCACAAAUUCAGACCACUGAUCUGUGUAUUUUUUUUUCGAUCUGGGCUACUUAAAAUACUUUUGUUGUUUUGUUGUGUAGACAGCCUCUAUAAGGUGAUUAUUUAACAGUGUAAGAGCUCUAUUUUUUUCUGUAUGUAUGCACUUAUUAUUGUCUUGUUUUCUUUUCAUGUCAGUGACUGAGAGCGGUUUUAAAUUUGUCUCGAUUUCUUGUGACUAGAUGUUUAAGUCAGGCUCAAGCUUAUAAAUAAAGGAUCAAAUAUUCCAAAUACUGAAGGAAAGAAGUGAAACUUCCGAGCAACUUCUCAAACGUUGACAGCAGUGAAAGCCAUACCUCCUGAUUAUCUUAAAACCUCUCAGGGUUCAGUCUUGCAUGCCUUUUUACACUGUGUUUUAGGCCAAUUUAAACAGAUUAAAGACCAAUAGAUGCAAUUUAUUUCCAUUGGAAACUUUACCUGAGCAUUAAAGGACUGUCUUUCAAAUUACAUGUUUUUACAGUGGAAUUUGGAAGUUUUUUUUUUUUUUGUUAAUCAUGAACAAAUUCUGUCAAUGUACAUUGUCAUAAUGUUUGCUUUUUUCUCCCCUAGAAAUGAUGUAUAUAAAUACAGUAUGUAUAUAAAUUAAUGUGUCGUUCUUAAGGGACACGAUUUCUGUUUUUGUUUUGUUUUUAAACUAGGUGAACCGGUGUUCAGUCUUAACUCAAGUGUUAGUGUGUCUGCCUUGGAUUACCAUAUGCUAAUCUCUGAGGCAUGCCAGGAGAUUGUUUGCAGCACAAUACUGUUUUGUUGUUUUUCCCCCAAAAACAAAUCUUUUUCUUUUCCCUCACAUGGGUUGUAGAAAGAGACUGCAGAAUACAUAUUUAGUAUGAAGAUAUCAAAACUGAUUUUUCAUGGUGUGUACUGUAGAUCUUGAUUUAUACUAAUGCCUAAGAAAUGGAUGAAUUUCACAAAAUCUGUAAAGAACAUGUCCGGGUCAUAUUUCACCCCUAUAUAUACAUAUAUAUAUAUAUUACAUACAGUUGAAGUCAGAAGUUUAGAUAGACAUUAGCCAAAUGCAUUUCAACUUUU